AUGCAGAAGACCAGCAAGAAGAGACGAGCUCCUUGGACCAACGCAAACCUCACAAAAGCAGCGAAUCACCUCACCGUGCACACAGACAGUAAUACUCACCUUGCUCCUACCCUUCGCUCGGAGCGGAGGGCCACACUUUCCGCCGCUGACCGCUCCCGAGGGACCCAUUUCAUAUUCGGACCCGUGGCUGCAGUGACAGCUCUCCGCCUCGGCCAGAUUGAGAUUCAGGCGCGGAUUGCUCUCCAGCAGCUCGCUAUCGUAGCGUCCAUCCUGGUCGGCCGCCAUUGCCACAGCGGAGAGCCGUUCGCAGCACUCGCCCCUCACCUGGCCCUCCUGAGUCUUUUGAACAGACCGCAGGUGUCGGCCGUGAGGUCGCACGCCGCCGGCAAAAACUCUGCGCGCCCACGGACCCGUCCGCCGGCCGCCAUGUAUCAGCAGCACCCCCAGCAGCAGGGCUCGCAGCCCUUCCCUGCUCAUCACCAGCCCCCUGCGAGCCAGCAUCCCAUUCGCUCCAACAUGCAGCCCAUGCGUUUCCCCUUCGCCCGUCCCACCCAACUUCCCGAUGAGCUGGAGUCCGCUCUGGCCAUCCGGGGCGCCAGGGACAUGGACCACCGGCAGCUCGACCACAUGAACCAGUCAAGCCAAGGGGCAGGAUCUGGGAUCGCCCCGCACGGAGGCUACGGCUCGAACCCGGCGGCCCUCCCUGCCGAGGGUCAGCCCGGCCAGCAGCAAGGAGUGGACUGGUCAAGCUACCAACCCCCGAGUAAGUUGUUUGCCGGUCCUCCAGCUAACGCCAGCCGUCAAGGGACGCGCCAGCAGCCCCAAACUCGGCAGGCGCACGCUGGCGGAGGCGGCGGAGAAAGUCAAAGUUUGUACACCCCCGAGAGCGCAGGGAGCAUCUUGGCUAGCUUCGGACUUUCGAACGAAGACCUGGAAGUGCUCAGUCACUAUCCUGAUGAUCAGUUGACUCCAGACACUUUGCCGUUUAUCCUCCGGGACAUUCAAAUCAACAAGUCAGGCAGCCAGAAAACCGUGGCCUCCACGGCCUCGGCUUCAUUUUCGCGCAGCAUCCACGACAUGUCAGCGGCUCCCUCGUGCGCUCCGCGCUCCCCCGAAGUACCCAGCCUCCUGACCGUCACGCAGACGGCAGGGAAAGUCAUCGACUACGGCCAUGCCAGUCGCGGAAAGGACGAUUGCAGCCCGAGAGAGACUUUCGCACGAGAGCAGCUCUCCAGCGAACGGACAGUCAAAAUGUACCCGGCGAUGGCGGCUUCUAAAGCGGACGAAAGUGAAAGGCGGCAAGCUUGCUUAGAGCACAAGGAGCCCAGCAAACACGGGGACCGGGACUACCGCAGGACGAGCAGCGAGAAGCGCAAGGGCAGCCGGUCGCCCAGCAGAGAAUUUCCUCGCUCGGCCAAAUCACGGAAUCUGGACAGAGACUAUAGACACAAGGGUUCCAAACCACGGCCCUCCUCCGAAACCAGGAGCGAGGCUUCGUCGAGGCACUCUGUCUCCUCCUCGUCCGGCUCAAGACCACACGGCAGCAGCAAGAAGUUGCCAACUCCCACCAUGAUAAGCGAUUUUGCUGCUGUCUCUCCAAAGGUGUAUCCCCAUACCUGCUCCCUGUGCAACAUACAAUGUGAUGAAGAGAAGGACUGGGUUGACCAUAUUAACACAGUCGACCACACAGCUGCCUGCAGGGACCUGCGCAACAAGUAUCCUGACUGGAGGCCCAAUCCAUCUAGCCGGAGUGGACGAUAUGGCAGUCGGGCAUCGUGGGAUCCCAAGGAUGGCUCCCCAUUCCACUCCGCAUCUCGAUCCCUGUCUCGUUCCCCAAGCCCUCCGCAGGGCAGACACCGGGUGGACGUCCAUCCCCACAGGCUUCACGGGAGGCCUUACACUCCCCACCACCAUCCUCGCCCCUCCCACUACACAGACCGCAGUAAUCGGUUUGCCCCCCACCACUCCAGCUCCUACCAUUCGUACCGAAUGCACUCAUCCUCUAGAGAGCACUGGCCUGAGAGGAGGAGCAGGGAAUCAUCAGGGGAUUUCUCUCGCAGCGGCGUGAAGCGUCCAUAUGGAGUUUUUUCCAGAAGUUCUGCCGAUAUAAGUCCAUCCUCUACUGGGACAGGCCACAGCUCAAAACAAGGGCCAACGCAUCCCUCCACUAAAAACACCAAGGGCACCGCAAAGCCUGCAGCUAAAUCAACCAAGACGGCAAGUUUUCCGAUUCACAAUUAUUUAUCUAUCUUGUUAAAAUCUGUUAAACCUCCACCAGCCAAGAAAAAGAAGAAAACUGUGAACUCAGACUCCAAGAGCUCAAGUAUUGCAGACCGUCUGGUUUAUCUGACGGGCAUCCCGAAGGACGCCUCUGAACAGGAAGUCACAGAUUUGGCCGGGUCUUUUGGCAAGAUCAAUAACGUGAUCCUCAUGCCGUGCUCUGAGGAGGAGACCGAGAAGGGCCAGGGGCAGAAGGCUUCUGUUUGCAUGGUGAGGGCUGAAGACGCACAAGCUCUGGCCCGCUCCUCAAACCUCCGCAUCAGAGACCAGGAAAUAUCAGCCACAGUCUCCAAGAAAGCUGAAGAUGCCCCAUGCUCUGAUGUCAACAGUAAACCGGCUGAAGAACAGGACACCAGCGUCACAGAGAAACUCUCUGCAGGAACUGAGACUGACAAGACUGAGGAUCAGAAGUGCAAGGUGUUGAUCACAGGGCUUCCUGAGAGCGGUUGGUCAGAAAGUGACAUCGUCCAGUUGCUCCAGCCUUAUGGCAACCCCUCCGACCUCAUCGUGGCAAAACACAUUGGAAAGGCACUCGCGUCUCUCCCUGACACGGAUGUCGCUGAAGAGUUGGUGAAAGUCAACAGCUUUAAGCCCGCGAUCGUCAAGGAUUCGGAAGUGAAAAUCAGCCUUCUCAAACAGCAGAUCAGCCUCAGCACGCCGCUGUUUCGGUCCUCUACCACAGUGAUGAUGGCCCUGCCCGCUCUCUACCUAUCCGAGGACCAGUUUACGUGCUCUAUAUGUUUGGACGUGUUCCGGGACCCGGUCUCGACGCCGUGCGGCCACAGCUUCUGCAAGUCUUGCAUCUGCUCCUACUGGGACGGAGGCGGGGGGGGCCGGGGGGCCAAAUCCUACCUGUGCCCCCUCUGCAAGGAGUCCUUCCGCAAACGCCCGGAGCUCCACGUCAACCGGACCCUGAAGGAGAUCACCGAGAAGUUCCAGCAGAUGGCCAGCUCCGGUUUUCCGUUAGAGGAAGGGACGGGGGGAGCGGGACCGCCGGGCCACCAGAACCACCAGCCGGCCCUGGGGGGCCCGGUCAGACCCGGGGAGAUGCCGGACGGCGUCUUCGCUGAGAUGAUCACGCGUUUUCAGCAACUGGGGGCGCCCGGAACGAACCCCCAAAGCCGCAGUGCUUCUCUGGAUGUCCAGGAUGGCCCGCACCAUGACUCGCCCCCACCUUACCUCCCACCCCACAGUUCCGCCCCGAGCAGUCCCCGAGACUUCAGCCCCGGUCUGCCUCUGUGCCCCGUCCACCUGAGGGCUCUGGAGUUUUUCUGUCGCUCCGACAACACCUGCGUGUGCAGCGCCUGCGUGGACACGGCCGAGCACCGCGGCCACAACACCAUCCCGGCCAAGAGAGAGUGGUUCAUCAAGCGGACCCAGUUAGGUAUUGCGGAGGUGGAGCUGAAAGAUCUUAUCUGUGAGAGAGAGAGGAAAGUAGAGGAGAUCCAAAACUCACUUCGAGAAAUCCAGGCUGUCGCCAAAAGGGAGACGCAUGAAGCUGUUUGUGCUUUUUCCAAGCUGAUCUCCACUGUGGAGCAGUGCCAAGCUGAAGUAUUGAAGGUGAUUGACGCGAGUCUUCGGGCAGCGGAGAGCAGGGCUCAGAGUUUCCUGACAGAAAUCAGGGAGGAAAUAGCUGCACUCCAGCAGAAGAGUACGAAGCUAAGCCAGUUGGCUUUGACUGAAGAUUACGUGCACUUUUUAAAGACAUUCCAUUCCCUGUCCACUCCGCCACAAGUCAAAGACUGGUCGGGUGUCUCUGUGUCAUCUCAGAGGACACCAGGGGUUCUUCUCAAAACUGUCAAACACGCAGUGGACCGCGCUCAGGAGGAGAUGCAGAGGGUCCAUGAAGCCUGUCAACGCCCCUCAUCGAUCAAGUCUGCACCCAAACCAAACCCAAAGGUAAGGAGGGUUCAGGAGUAUGCAGCCGACAUCACUCUGGACUCCCGCACAGCCCACCUACGUCUCGUCAUCUCAGUGGACGGGAAGCAGGUGCACUGUGGCGAGCGCCAUCAGUUGGCGCCAGACAACCCGGAGCGUUUCGACCGGGUAGUGUGCGUGUUGGCCCACCAGGGCUUCAGCUCAGGAAGGCAUUACUGGGAGGUUGAAGUUGGACGAAAGACCGAUUGGGAUUUGGGAGUUGCAAGCAAGUCUAUUAAUCGAAAAGGCAAAUUUACUGUAAGCCCCGCCCACGGCUACUGGUUUCUCAGUCUGCGAGAUCGGACCGAGUACUCCUUUCGAACAGAACCCCCAACCAACCUGACAGUCAGCGUCAGACCCUCGCGGAUUGGAAUUUAUGUGGACUGCGAUAAAGGAUUAGUGUCAUUCUACAACGUGGAGGCCAAAAUUCUCAUCUACACUUUCACGGGUAGCUUUCCUGACACAAUCCAUCCAUUCUUCAGUCCGUGUACAAACAAAUCAGGACAGAACGAGGCUCCUUUAGUUAUCUGUCCAGUUGCGGCAACAGAAUGAGAUGGGUCAGCCUCCUCACGUCCGUGAGAAAUCCCAUGUUCUGUGGAUGUUGUUAAGCGACUGACAUUAGAAAAACAAAGCUAUGGACACAAAAUGCUCAAAAUUGCACUUCACAUCUGCGGAGAGCAAAUUAUUUGUUUUAAUCUUUGCUGUAUAUGACGUUUCUCUACUUUAUGCCGCUGUGUUAAUGUUCAGAACGAGGUCAACAGGAGUUCACAUUACCACUGUAACAUACCGACUACUAGUGCUGGCAUUCACUUGGAGGUAGUUAAUGAAUUAUUUAAGAAGAAUGAAAUGCUCUCUGAAACAGUAACUACUCGAAAUGGAUGUUUAUUUAUGACGUAGAUUACCUGAUGGCCUGUGUCAAUGUCAUGAAAGGGUGUUCUAGUGUGGGCAGUAGCAGAGGCUAUUAUUCAUGUGUGGGUUGCUGGCUCACUACACAACUACCUUACUUGAAUGGUAUAUGAAGCCUCUCAUAUGAAGUCUGUCUGUGGCUUGACAAAUGUCUAUUUUUACUAAUAAAGUCUCUGGAGAUAAACUAUUUUUUUUUGUUAUAUUUCUGCUUUUUUUCUGCGAUACUGUCUCGAUGUUCUUGCAUGGCUCUCUUACAUAAUGUUUCAAUGGACAUAGUAGCAUCCGUUGAUUUCAGUUAAAAUCAAUUUCCUUUCUGUUCCACCCUACUGAAAUAGUUGCCUACGUGUUCCUUCUAUAUGAGUUUAUUCAAGUUGUGUACUUCGUGCAUUCGAGUGUUUGUACAAAACCAAUAAGUGUUUUGUUGAAAAAUGGUCGAAAUGAUACUGAAAUGUCACAACUGUAUAAUUUUUUGCACUUGAUGUAUCCAUUAAGCUUUUUGUUUGCAUCUCAUGUAUAUAAUAAAAUAUUGUAACCC